UGUACUUUGUAACUAAACUAAUCGUGAGAAGUGUCUGCGUUCGUUUGAGUUGGAAGUGUAACUAAGCAAGUAGUUUACACUGACAUCAUACAACGUGCGUGAUGUCAAACAACAACAAGCGACGCUAUCAUGUUCCUCCGACACAACCCGACACCGUUUUCCGCAUUCUCUGUCCCGCCGCUAAAUCCGAUUCUCUACUCUCCCUCUCCGGUGACGGCGUCAAGAUUCUAAUUGACGACUUCGCCGGAGAUGUCACUUCCUCCGAUGAGCGUAUCGUUGUUAUUAUCUCCGCCGCGGCCGAGGAAUCCGCUGCACAGCUUGCUUUGAUUAGGGUUUUUGAGAGAAUAGUGGAGAAAGAUAAUAAUGAGGAGAAUAAUAAGAAAUCGAAUUCUUCGGUUGGGUGUAGAUUGUUAGCUCCUAGUUAUCAGGUUGGGUGUGUGCUUGGUAGAGGUGGUAAGAUUGUUGAAAAGAUUAGGCAAGAAAGUGGUGCUCAGGUUAGGAUUUUGCCUAAAGAUCAUUCUCCUAUUCCUCCUCCUGGUGAUGAGUUCAUUCAGAUAACCGGAAAUUUUAACGCAGUAAAGAAAGCACUUCUCGCAGUUUCAAGCUGUCUUCAGGAUAAUGUAGGCAAUUCUGGUGGUUUUAAAUCGUCUGGCGGUGCUCAAGUUGAACCUUAUCCUCAACGGGGUCCUCAUCCUCCUGAUCAUCAUUCCAGAGGUUAUUCUUCUUUUCCGGGUUCUGAGAACGCUAGACCUGCUCAUAGAAUGUUUGUGGAAGAGGAAGUUGUCUAUAAGAUGCUGUGUCAGCAAGAUAAAGUUGGUAGUCUUAUUGGGAAAGGUGGUUCUGUGGUGCGGGCUUUACAAAACGAAACUGGUGCAUCUAUACAAAUAGUUGAUGCUGGACCCGAUUCAGAUGAGCGUGUGGUCGUCAUCUCUGCGCUAGAGAAUUCUGACCAAAAGCAUUCUCCUGCUCAAGAUGCUGUUAUUCGCGUUCAUGGUCGACUUACAGAGAUUGGAUUUGAGCAUAGUAAUGCAGUUGUUGCUAGGCUCCUUGUGCGUUCACCACAGGUAGGGUGCCUCUUGGGCAAGGGAGGUCAUGUUAUCUCAGAAAUGCGAAGAGUCACUGGUGCCAAUAUACGUAUCUUUUCGAAGGAACAAAUUAAGUACAUUUCUCACAACGAAGAAGUUGUACAGGUUAUCGGGACCUUACAAUCUGUGCAAGAUGCUUUGUUUCACAUAACCAGCAGAAUUCGAGAAACUAUUAUCCCAAUGAAGAACACUCCUCCAAAUUUUGGUGCACCACCACCCGUGCCACCGUUCCCCGAUACACCCCCUCCUCCUUUAUAUAGGCCAAGAAAUCACAUGUUACCUUCUGGACAUCCUCCUCCUCAUGGGAUUGACCAUCCAGCUGGUCCCCCUAUGCCUCCUCCACCUCCUCAUGGAAUUGACCAUCUAACUGGUCCCCCAAUGCCUGUUGAUCAUCAGCAUGCAUUUUCACAUGGUAUGGGUCGCGGUCCGCCAAACAUGGAUCGAGUUCCUUAUCCUCGUGGUUAUGAAGGACCCAAUUCUCCAAGAUCACGGAAUCCUCAGGCAGUUAACAGAGGAAAUCCAGGGGCAACAGCUGAUACUUUUAAUUUGACUUCAAGAAAUGGGAAUCCUGGAAUGACUGGAAACUCAUUACAGAAUCCAAAUAACUCACCCGUUGAGAUUACCAUCCCUCAUAUGUAUUUAAUCCAUGUGUACGGGGAGAACAACAGCACCCUAAAUCAAAUUCGCCAGAUCUCUGGUGCAAACGUGGUUAUUCAUGAUCCAAUACCUGGGGCAACAGAAGGACUGGUGAUUGUAUCUGGAACACAAGAUCAAAUUCACUCUGCUCAAUGCCUAAUUCAAGGUUUUAUUUUUUGCGGACUGACUGCACCUUAGUCUCCAGUUUUAGUUUAAGGUCUUAAAAUUGUUGUAUCAUCAUGAGAAGUUAGAGAUGCUUGUAUUAGGGAUGUCUUGCCAUUGUGUGAAUUGAACUUUUAGUUGACAUAGAGUGCAAUAGUCGUCAUGUUUUUGUUGCUAGUUUUGAUCAUUCCAUACGUAAAAUUUGGAUGAUAAUCCAUCUAAGUUUCUGUGUUAAAGAACUGAGAAGGUUAUGUAAAAAUCACUCCAUUUCCUUAAAAAAAAAA